UAGCGAACACUUUUGGAGAAAAAGUGGAACCACUCACCAAACAAGAGGCCCGGUGCGUUUCAUCGCUCUACGACUUCUCUAGUCUCCUUGAAGCUUUGCCUCCGACCAAUAUGGCCCUCGUCGGCGUGCUUGCUUUACAGGGCUCUUACAACGAACACAUAGCAGUGCUGAGAAGGCUGGGAGUGAAGGGCGUGGAGAUAAAGAAACCAGAGCAGCUCGAAAACGUGGCCUCACUCAUAAUCCCUGGAGGAGAGAGCACCACCAUGGCAAAGCUCGCCGAGUACCACAACCUGUUUCCUGCUUUGCGUGAGUUUGUUAAGAUGGGGAAGCCUGUUUGGGGAACCUGUGCUGGACUUAUAUUCUUAGCAGACAGAGCUACAGGACAGAAAAUAGGAGGACAGGAACUUGUUGGAGGCCUAGAUUGCAUGGUUCACAGAAAUUUCUUUGGCAGUCAGCUUCAGAGUUUUGAGACAGAACUUUCAGUACCAGAGCUUGCUUCGAAGGAAGGUGGUCCUGAAGUAUUUCGUGGAGUUUUCAUCCGUGCUCCUGCAAUCCUUGAGGUAGGACCACAAGUUGAAGUCCUGGCUGAUUAUCCUGUCCCAGCUAAUAAGUGGAAGGAUUCAAAUCCUGGUGUUGAAGGCCAUGAGGAAAAUUCUGGGUCUGAGAAGAAAGUGAUUGUAGCAGUUAGACAAGGGAAUUUGCUAGCGACUGCCUUCCACCCUGAACUGACAGCAGAUACUCGAUGGCAUAGUUACUUCUUGAAGAUGGCAACUGAAACUGAAGGAGCCUCAAGUAGCGUUGUUGCUGUUGGUGCAGAUCUAGAUUUAAACCAACCAACAAAGAUUGACCUCCCAGUAUUUUUAUAGUGGCAGUGAUAUUAAUGAUAAAGUUUAUUUCCUGGAUUUUUGAAGUUACACACUCUUUUCAGUCUGUUUUAAUUUUUUAAUUUUUUUUAUUUACAAAUUGAUGUAUGAUAUCCGUUUAAGGUCGUUGAUUGUGACCCAUUAUUUUUCAGGUGAUUUCUGUGGCUGGUUUAGUUUUAGGGCAGGAAACCAAUUCUGCAUUUCAAUUUUCUGAUGUAUAUAAAUCACAAAGCAGAAAAGAAGCUUAGAAUACUUGUUAUUCCUUGAAAUAAAUCUUGAGAAUGGUGAA